AUGCUUGCCAGGUGGAGAAGCAACCUCUCGUCAACACUAUUCCAAAAGAGCAUAGACGGUUACAUCUCGCGCACCGCCCGGCCCAGUCUUAGCAAGACUACACCAAAGAGCAAGGAAGUCGCCCAACCACCUAAGCCCACCAAGACUCAGCGGAAACGUCAACGAGAAGACGACGACGACGACACGGAUGCGGCGCGGCCCCCCGCACAGGACACCAGGCUUCCGAGAAGUGCCAAAAAGCGACUAGAUGCAGGGUCAACCAGUCGACACGCAGAUGAAGAUGAUGCCAGCCUGCACGAGUCCUACAUAGCAGGAGCAACAGACGAUGACACAGGUAGUGUUUUUGAGUCAGAGAACUACAGCGAUCCCGAGGGCGACGAAGAGGAUAUGUUCCUGAGUUCAGACGACAACGAGGAUGAGGCCAGCCAACCUGAGGACGAGGCCGACCAGCCUGAUGAAGACAACGAGGACGAUGCCGACCAGCCUGACGAAGACAACGAGGAAGAGGCCGACCAGCCCGACGAAGACAACGAGGACGAGGACAGCCAGUUUGACGAUGCCGACCAGACCGACAACGAUGCCGACAUCCACCAUGCGGACGAUGAUGACAUGAAGGAGACACAGUACUCCCUUAACAUUCCACUGCGCGACAAGGACCUUUUCAACAUUGAUGUUACCUCCACUGAGGUUACAUCUAUGGUGGGAAAAGUGUUACCUGCGCUGUCAUCAAGAAAGAUGAAGAAUUUCUACAGAACUAUCGCCGGCCAUCUUGAGAAGUCUCCUCCAUUUAGGAUCCCGGCGCGCUCUCGACACCCCACAACCUGUUCGUUAGUCAACCCUGACUUCGAUUUACUAUGGAAGCACUCAGUCGACGGCGAGCGGGCUCUAGACCUCGGUGACCCAAGUCUGUUACCCAAAUGGCUCAACAUGUCAGAAGACGGUCUUGUAAAGCCAAUUGACUCGUUCACCGACACGCUACUACUGAUCUCCAGCUACCCAACAGCAUCGGAGGAAGGCAGCGUGCACAACCGCUAUGGUACCGUGGAUGAUAUGAGUAAUGUUUGUAUGUGGAUGCUGUACGCCAAGUCUGGGUACCACAUGGCGGACCUACGAUCACACGGUGUAACGCGCAUAGACAUUAUGGCUCGACGCCUCGACCGGAAUCUGAUACCAGGAUCUGAUGGAGACAAGCUCUUUCGAAUUACACCAUUAAACCAGUCUGGCACAGUGUCGUAUGCUGGUAUUGAUGAAGUACAAUGA